AUGACCGCUUUUGCGUGUUUUCCCCAUUCUCUUUUUUAUUCCACUCGGCUCCCUUUUUUUUUUUUUUUUUUUUGUGUGUGUGUUCAUUGUUGCUUGCGGUACUUGUGCCUGUUGAAAUGUGCGUAUUGCUGCAGCGAUAAAAAUUAUUUUAGACCACUUAAUUAUUUUUUUUAUUGUUUAUAUCUUGCGAUGGCGUCCAUGGAGCGGUUUUUGAGUGUGUACGACGAGGUCCAGGCAUUCCUGUUGGAUCAGCUGCAGUCUAAAUACGAGAUAGACCCAAACCGUGCCAGAUACCUCCGCAUCAUGAUGGACACAACGUGCCUUGGCGGCAAAUAUUUUCGCGGCAUGACGGUUGUGAACGUAGCGGAGGGAUUUUUGGCCGUCACCCAACACGAUGAGGCGACGAAGGAGCGCAUUCUUCACGAUGCCUGCGUCGGCGGCUGGAUGAUUGAGUUUCUUCAGGCUCACUACUUGGUAGAGGACGACAUCAUGGACGGUAGCGUGAUGCGUCGUGGAAAACCGUGCUGGUACCGUUUUCCUGGCGUCACGACUCAGUGUGCCAUUAACGACGGUAUCAUUCUGAAGUCAUGGACGCAAAUUAUGGCAUGGCAUUAUUUUGCAGAUCGUCCCUUUUUAAAGGAUCUGCUUUGCCUCUUCCAAAAAGUUGACUACGCGACGGCGAUUGGGCAGAUGUAUGAUGUCACCUCCAUGUGUGAUUCCAACAAACUGGACCCAGAGGUGGCUCAGCCGAUGACUACCGACUUCGCCGAAUUUACGCCGGCCAUCUACAAGCGCAUAGUGAAGUACAAGACAACCUUUUACACGUACCUGCUGCCACUCGUAAUGGGACUUUUAGUAAGCGAGGCAGCCGCCUCCGUCGAGAUGAAUUUGGUGGAGCGAGUGGCACAUCUGAUUGGGGAAUACUUCCAGGUGCAGGACGAUGUCAUGGACUGCUUCACUCCCCCCGAACAACUUGGGAAGGUCGGCACCGACAUUGAGGACGCCAAGUGCUCGUGGCUGGCCGUGACGUUCCUGGGCAAAGCCAACGCCGCACAGGUGGCCGAGUUCAAAGCCAACUACGGCGAAAAGGACCCAGCGAAGGUCGCCGUGGUGAAGCGGCUAUACAGCAAGGCGAACCUGCAGGCGGACUUUGCCGCAUAUGAGGCGGAGGUCGUACGGGAGGUGGAGAGCCUCAUUGAGCAGCUGAAGGUGAAGUCCCCGACAUUUGCCGAAAGCGUCGCCGUGGUAUGGGAAAAAACCCACAAGCGUAAGAAGUAA